AUGCUGGAUGAUUUCCCGUCGGCCGCGAUAUGCGGCGUUGGCUUGGUCGGUGGGAAGAUUUUGGGUCACCAAACUCUUGCGGCGCGGGUCAUACUCCUCGGUGCGAAGCAUAUGCUCGUCGUUAAUGUCCUUGUCUUUGCCAGUAAAGAUCAGCUGGCAGAGCUUGUAGGUGAUGUCGAUACCGGCGCCCGCUCCCUCGAUGAGGUUCGAGCCGAAGAUGAGCUUGCUGAGGCUGCUCAUCCGGUCGUCAUCCUCGAGGAAACUCAUUUCCCAAGCCUACAUUGCACCCUUGUAACACCAGCCUUUACGACACCGUCCCCGCUGCGAUCAACAGCCAUGCCGCCAUUUAAUUAUUACCAGCACCAAGCUCUCUGCGCCGAGGACGCCAUCCGGCUGAUCUUGCUGGACGCUGCGGCCGACAUCGAGGCGCCGCUGAGUUGCUCGCCCAUUCAGCGCCCGCGCAGCGCCCGGCACGUCGAAUACUUUGCCAUCUCGUACACGUGGGGUGUGCCAGAGCUUACGCACACCCUGGAAGUCAAGCACGACGAUGAUGAUACUUCGCACCUGCGCAUCACAUCAAACGUCGACGACCUUCUGCGCCAUCUCCGAGCAGCCGGUGAUCCAUACUACCUGUGGAUCGACGCCAUAUGUCUCAACCAGGACGAUGCGAUAGAGAAGGCUCGACAGAUUCCCAUGAUGGGGCGCAUCUUCGAGGAAGCAGAGGGCGUUUAGAUCUGGGUUGGCCCCAGUGUCCCUGAAACUGCCGACCCGUUUGCAUUUUUCCAC